AUGAGCGCAGCGCCCGCGAAGCUGCCUCUGCGGCAGCCCGGCGUGGGCUCCUCGGAGCCCCGGGGUAAGCCCGCCGUCGGCGGCGGCGGGGCCGGAACCGGAGCCGGAGCCGGCGGCGGCACCACGACCGUCCCCCCUGCGGCCGCCCCGGAGAUCCCCGAGGUGCUGGUGGACCCGCGCAGCCGGCGGCGCUACUUGCGGGGCCGUUUCCUGGGCAAGGGCGGCUUCGCCAAGUGCUUUGAGCUCUCGGACCUGGAGAGCAAGGAGGUGUUCGCGGGCAAGAUCGUGCCCAAGUCGCUGCUGCUGAAGCCGCACCAGAAGGAGAAGAUGUCCAUGGAGAUCAACAUCCACAAGAGCCUGGUCCACCAGCACGUCGUCGGCUUCCACGGCUUCUUCGAGGACAGCGACUUCGUCUUCGUGGUGCUGGAGCUGUGCCGGAGGCGGUCCCUGCUGGAGCUACAUAAAAGAAGGAAAGCAGUGACGGAGCCUGAGGCCAGGUAUUACCUCCGCCAGAUUGUCCUAGGCUGUCAGUAUCUCCACGAAAAUAAAGUUAUUCACAGAGACCUCAAGUUGGGUAACCUCUUCCUCAAUGAUGACAUGGAGGUGAAGAUAGGGGACUUUGGAUUAGCAACCAGAGUAGAAUAUGAUGGUGAGCGGAAGAGGACCCUCUGCGGAACACCCAACUACAUAGCCCCUGAGGUGCUGAGUAAGAAGGGCCACAGCUUUGAGGUGGAUGUCUGGUCCAUUGGGUGUAUCAUGUAUACCUUAUUGGUGGGCAAACCACCCUUUGAAACCUCCUGCUUAAAGGAGACCUACAUCAGGAUCAAGAAAAAUGAAUACAGCAUUCCUAAGCACAUCAACCCUGUGGCUGCCUCCCUCAUCCAGAAGAUGCUUCGAUCUGACCCUGCCUCCCGCCCCACCAUUAAUGAGCUUCUCAAUGACGAGUUCUUUUCUUCAGGCUACAUCCCUUCCCGGCUUCCCACUACUUGUCUCACAAUCCCACCUAGGUUCUCCAUUGCACCCAACAGUGUGGAAUCUGGAGGCCGGAAGCCUCUCACAGCUCUCAAUAAAGGAAUGGAUAACCCUGCCCCUGAGCAGCCCCCUGAAAAAGAAGUGAUAGUUCAGGAACCAAAUGGUCCUGCUGACUGCUACCUCUCGGAUAUGCUACAGCAACUGCUCAGUGUCAAUGCAGCAAAGCCUUCUGAUCGGAGAUUGGUGAGGCAAGAGGAGGCAGAGGACCCUGCCUGCAUUCCCAUUUUCUGGGUCAGCAAAUGGGUGGACUAUUCAGACAAGUAUGGCCUCGGAUACCAGCUCUGUGAUAACAGUGUGGGUGUGUUGUUCAAUGACUCCACUCGGCUCAUUCUGUAUAAUGAUGGGGAUAGUUUGCAAUACAUCGAGCAAAAUGGCUCAGAAUCCUACCUCACUGUGCGUUCCUAUCCUUCCUCGCUGACCAAAAAGAUUACUCUCCUCAAGUAUUUCCGCAAUUACAUGAGUGAGCACUUGCUGAAGGCUGGUGCUAAUAUCACCCCAAGAGAAGGUGAUGAGCUGGCUCGACUUCCCUACUUGCGUACCUGGUUCCGCACACGCAGUGCCAUUAUCCUACACCUCAGCAAUGGCACUGUACAAAUCAACUUUUUCCAGGACCAUACGAAGCUGAUACUCUGCCCAUUGAUGGCGGCUGUGACUUACAUUGAUGAGAAGCGGGACUUCCGAACAUACAAGCUCAGCCUUCUGGAAGAGCAUGGUUGCUGUAAGGAGUUGGCCAGCCGCCUGCGCUAUGCACGUACCAUGGUGGACAAAUUGCUUAGUUCUAGGUCAGCCUCAGCCCGCCUUAAGUCUUCCACGUAGGCUGCCUGAGACUUUGUUUGCUUCUUAGCCUGGCUCCUUUUCUCCCCACAGGUGCUUGGGCCCUGAGCUCUGUGGAUGACUCCCCCUGCCCCCAGCCUUAUUUCUUAAUGUGUCCUUGCCUGGCCUGGAUGGAUCUGUCCCCAUCCCACCCUACCAAAAAAAGGAGAAACAAGAAAAAACUUGGAAUAGUAACCUUGACUCCCUCCCUUCCCUGUCUUUGUGCUAUAGGGGAGGGAAAGUUCAUGUGUAACUUAUUUGUACAUGGUGGUGUGUCUUAGGACUCCUUGUUCUCCUCCUUGAACUGUACAGAAAUUUUUUUUAAAGGAACUCUGGCCCCUUUGGCUUUGUAAACAUUAAACAUUAAUUUGCAAGUA